AUGAAUUCAAAGACUGGUAAAAGUGUUCAGGAAACAAAGCAAGUUCAAUAUAAGUAUCUUAAAAGUGGUGAAAUACAUUUAAUAAAUUUAAAAGAUAUUGAAUAUUGUUUUAAAAUCAAACCGCAAUUUGGAGAUUUUUUACAAUAUGAACUUCAUAAUUAUGCCAAAAAAAACAUGGUCAAAGAAGAAAAUCAUAAUAUUUUUGUACAAUUAGCUAAAAUGAACUAUUCAAAAGAUACAGUAUCUAAAUUUACAAAUAUUGAACGCUUUAUCGGAUGUGUUUCUUAUAUUUGCUCUCACUUAUUGAAAUUGAAAAAGUUUGAUGAAGCUAUCGAUAUAAGUUCAAGUUUGGAAUUUAAAAAAAAUGAAAUAGUACUUGCAGUGAAAAAAAACUCGGAUGUUUUUAAUUUUUUAAUCAUGUUGCAUAAUUCUUUUAUUUCAUCGGCAUUAACAUUAGCAUCUCAAGCUGAAAAUUGCCUAGAUAAAUUUCAUAAAUAUUCUAUGAAGCUUGCAAAUGCUUCACUAAGUUUUUUCCAGUACAAUACAAUCAGUAGACCUGAAAUAGCCAAAAAAGUUUUAAAAAAAUCAAAAAUAUUUCUUUAUUCGAUUAAAAAUCAUAAUGCGAAAGAGUCAUCGAAAUUUUUUAACGAUUUAAAAAAUGUUAUGGAAAAUUUAAUUCCUAAUUUUUGCCAUUACAGUUUUAGUUCAUAUUUUCUUUUUAAAUUAGAACAAAUAAAAAAUUUUGAUCAGUUGUCCGGACAAGAUCUAUAUAAUACUUUUGAUAAAAUCUCCAAUCUUUUUUUAUUAACCUCUGAUUUUUCAUUUGCUGUUAAAAAAAAUUUUGAGUCCAUUUUAGAAUUUUUUUUUGCAUCCCCAUGUAAUAAUGUUAAUGCCAUUGAAGAAUUUACAAAGAAUUAUACUAUAUCAGAUAAAUGUGAUAAAUUUUCAUUAUUUUUAUUAAUUUCAAUUUUUUUCAAUCAUGGCAUUCGAUAUUGGUAUAAGUUAUUUGAAAAUAAUUGGAACAAUAUUGUUUCUGCUGAAAAAUUAAAAGUUCUACUGUCUGAAAUGUUAGAAUUGAUCAAACAAUAUCACAGUUUAAAAAAUAAAAUACCUGAUUGUUAUUCGCUAAUAUCAUUAUCGAAAGAUGCUUUUGAGGUAUCCAUUGAAUGCACGGAUUUUAUGAAAAAAGUCGGUUGUUGUGAUUCCAAAAGGAAUUAUGCAUGGAAAUCGGCUGAUAUAUUAAGGUGUUGUUCGUCAAAAGAUGAAACGUGGAUGCAUUUAAAAGAAUAUUCGCAAAAUUUAUUAAAAUUGAUAAUAAAUUGCGAUUACGAAUUGCCAUACGAUGUAAAAAGAAUCAACGUUUUAUUUCAAAGGUGGCAUCAUUCUCUUAUGAAAAUGAAAGAAUAUAAUAACGCACUGUUUGCAUGCACCGCAUUUUACGUUGUAUAUCCACAAGAAGAAAACGAUAUAAUGUCUAUGUGGAUUCAAACGAAAACGGAAUCUAAAAAUGAAAUACUUCAGGAAUUGACAAUAUUCGAUAUAUUAAAAAAUUACGAUUUUGCAUUGAGGGAUUUCAUAAUGAAAUAUAAUCGUGAUAAAAUCGAUUCGAAAUCUUUACUCUUAUCCGAAUUAAAAGCUUAUAGUUUUUGUUCAGAGUAA